AACUACGCAGGCAGCCAACUCAGGCUGCGCUACCUCACAACUAUCUUGUUAUUAUUAGCACCCCACCAUCGACUUUGCAUUCCUUCGAAUUUUGGAAGCUUCCCCAAAACUAUCUUGGAUCAUCAUGCUGAUGAUGGCAGCUCAACUCAUCAUAUUUUGCCUUGCUGACGAACAGCCCCUCAUAUAUCUGAGCAGAUAGAGCUUCAGACCAUGUCCUACUCGAGGUCGAGGCGCCAACAAUGUUUCCUGCCUCCAUGCCGGAAACGGAGCUUCUUCCUACUACCACCAAACAAACACAGAUCAGUUUCGCCAAGGUUACACAGGAACUCACCCAAAGCAAGAACACCGAUCAGCGUGCACACAACAAGAGCCAGAAUGAUACCAAUCAGCAGCAAGAAAAAGAAACCAAGAAGGGCAAGAAUGAGGAUCCCACGACGCCGACGAUUGAUGACCCCAUGAAGGAGCUCCGCAAGUACAUCCUGCUGCUGGCCACGCUGGUGGCGACGGUGACGUACGCCGCCGCGUUCAGCCCGCCGGGGGACGUCUGGCAGGACACGUCCGCCGGCCACCUCGCCGGCGAGCCCAUCAUCCGGGACACCCACCGCCACUGGUACCUGGUCUUCUUCUACUCCAACGCCACCGCGUUCGCCGCGUCGCUUGUGGUCAUCGUCAUCAUCCUCAUCCUUGCCUCCCUCGACGACAAGGACGCCUCCACCUCCCAACUCGUCAGCAAGUACCAGAAGCACGACGGCCGCUGGCGCUGGGUCGCCGUCCGGCCGCUGCAGGUGGCCAUGGUGCUGGACCUGCUCAGCCUCAUGGCAGCCUACGCUGCCGGCACCUGCCGGGACACCUUCACCACCAUCUACUCCUCGCUGCUGGUGGUCGGCGUCGUCGCCUACCUCCUCUAUCAGGUGGGGGUGGCCUGCUUCACCGACUCCGGCGGCUCCGGCUCCGGUAGUGUUCCCGUACGCGAACAAGUCGAUAGGCGCCCCCCUGAGCCUGAGGUGAUGAUUGGUUCCCUGCCGGGCAACAACUCCGACUCCGGCUCCGGUAGACGCGAAGAGCAGCCUGCUGGCUGGUGGCAACUCCGACACCGGCUCAACGAGGCGGUGAUUGCUUCGCGGUCUGACAAGGAAGCGAUCCGCAAGCGCAAGGUCCUGAUGCUUCUCGCGACGUUCGCGGUGAGCGUCACGUACGCGGGCGGGCUGGGCACGCCGGGGGGCUUCUGGGGCGGCGGCGAGGACGGCCACCGCCCCGGCGACGCCAUUCUCAAGGAUCUUCACCACGCGCGCCUGGCCACGUUCUUCGCCUUCAACACCAUGUCAUUCGCCGCGUCGCUGCUCAUCAUCGUGGCGCUCCUCAACAGGAAGCUCCGGGAGGCACAUGCCUACGUGUUCAUCGUGGUCGCGCUGGUCAGCCUCAUCGGCGCCUACACCGCCGGCAGCUGCAGGCAGACCGACACCACCGUCUACGUGGUCAGCUUGGUUGGUGCCGUCCUGGUAUACAUCUCGUUCCUCCUGUUGCUUGUUUGGGCUGCUUCCAAGAUAAGCAGGACCAAGACUGGUAAAAAAUUGGUUGAUUGGGCCAACGACGCCAUGUUGAAGCAAAAAUCAGCAGCAAAACCAGCAGUAGUAACAAAUGAUGGUGGGGACAACAGGAAUGGCAGGGCGGAUCAAGCUAAUCCUCAGGAAGAAAAGAUAACGGAGAAGCAGAAAGCAGUGGAACAAGCUCGAUCUCUUGUCCUGCUUCUUGCCACUCUUGCGGCGACAAUUACCUAUCAAGCAGGGCUGAACCCGCCGGGUGGUUUUUGGCAGGACAACAUGAACGGCAACAAGGCCGGUGACCCAAUCCUUAUGACGACGAAUGUCGGGCGCUACAGGGCUUUCUACUACUGCAACUCGGUUUCCUUCGUGGCGUCCUUAGUCGCCACCAUCUUAGCCCAAAAGAAGCUUCUGCUAAAGCACCAUGUCCUCGAGGCAGUGAUGAUACUGGACCUGUUCGGCCUCAUCGGUGCGUACGCCGCCGGAAGCAGCCGGGAUGUGAGCACCUCCAUUUACGCCAUGGCCUUGGCCGGUGCCGUCCUCGUCUAUGUGGUGAUCCAUGUCAUCUUCAUCACGCUGGACGAGAACACGAGCAGAAGAAGCAAGGAAGAGGGUGAUGAGUUGGUGGAGAAGACGCGCAAGCGGUUGCUCCUCUUCGCGAUCUUGGUGGCGACCAUCACCUACCAAGCCGGCCUCACUCCUCCAGGUGGUUUCCUGCUCCAAGACGACCAGUCCGGGCACCACGCUGGCGACCCGAUCCUCCUGUACAACUUUCCGCGCCGCUACAAGGCCUUCUUCUACUGCAACACGGUGAGCUACAUGCUGUCCCUCGCCCUCAUCCUCCUCCUCGUCAACCCCAACCUGUACAGGCCAGCCAUUCGAAGCCACGCGCUAUCCGUCUGCACGGCGGCAGGAUUGUUCGGCCUUUUGGGCGCCUACGCCGCCGGAAGCACACAGCACCUCAAGACAUCCAUCUACACAUUCGUGCUGGUGGCAGUGGUCAUCUUCUUCAUAGGACUGUUGUUCCUGGUGUUUUUCUUCGUGGGCAGCAGCGGCGCACAACCGGCGGCGCCCACCACCGGCGACAACAACACGACACAAGAACAAGCAAUGGAGGCCACCAAGAAAAAGAAAGAGAAGAAUGAAGAACAUGACAUGCAUGCCAAGCGCAAGUACCUCAUGCUGCUAGGAAUCCUUGUGGCAAGCGUCACCUACCAGGCCGGCCUGGCACCGCCAGGCAGAGCUUGGCAGAGCGGCGGUGAUGGGCACGAGGCCGGCAACCCGGUCAUGCAUGACAACAGGAGGCCCCGGUACCUCGCCUUCUUCUACAGCAAUUCCACUUCGUUCAUGGCAUCCAUUGUGGUCAUCCUGCUCCUACUGCUACCGAAGAAUAUAUUGGUAAAGGAUACAGAGCUCAAGAGGUGGCAUUUUGUGAUGAACACAACAAUUGUGCUGGAUCUGCUUGGCCUCCUAGGUGCCUACGCAGCCGGCUCAAACAGAGGGUGGAAGACAUCUGUGUAUGUCUUCGUUCUUGUCAUAGCCGUGGCGGCCUACAUGGCAAUCCAUCUCUUUUUCUCCUGGAUCAGCAAGAGAAACAAACAGCCGAAGCAGAAAGAUAAGGGGAAUGACACAGCAAUACACCAAUGCAGCUCUGUUCUUGUGGAGGUAGAGGAGCCAAUCCAGCCAAACCCAAGCCAGCAGCUCCUCUAGUUCAUUUAUUUGGCAAACCAGCCGUUCGUGACGACAACUGGAGGCACCAGUAUAUCAUUGUCAUUGUAAUCUAGCUAGUCCAGUAUUUAAUUUGUAUGUCUCUCUCUCUAUAUAUAUUUUUUUAAUAUCUUAU